UGGAAGCUUGGAGGCUCUCUACCCCUGGAACUUGGAGAUCAGAUGCCUGCUCGGUGCCGGUCUCCGAGAUCAUCGCCGUCGAGGAAGUGGACGUGAACAGCAAGCACGGCCUGGGUGGGAAGUGGCAGAAGAUGGAGAAGCCCCACGCUUUCACAGUGCACUGCGUGAAGCGAGCGCGGCGUCACCGCUGGAAGAAGGCGCAGGUGACGUUCUGGUGCACGGAUGAGCCGCUGUGCAGCCUGUGGCUGCAGACCCUCCGCGAGCUGCUGGCCAAGCUGACCUGCAGACCCAAGCAUCUGCUGGUGUUCAUCAACCCGUUUGGAGGCAAAGGGCAGGGCAGAAGGAUCUAUGACAAGAAGGUGGCCCCGCUCUUCGCCCUGGCCGCCAUCACCACGGACAUCAUCGUGACCGAGCGAGCCAACCACGCCAAGGAGCAUUUAUAUGAGACGAACCUAGAGAAAUACGAUGGAAUCGUCUGUGUCGGCGGGGACGGCAUGUUCAGUGAAGUCCUGCACGGCCUGGUCGGAAGGACGCAGCAGAAUGCCGGUGUGGACCAGAACCAGCCCCGGGCCACCCUGGUCCCGAGCCCGCUGCGGAUCGGCAUAAUUCCUGCGGGGUCCACGGACUGUGUGUGCUACUCAACAGUGGGGACCAAUGAUGCCGAGACGUCCGCCUUGCACAUCGUCGUGGGAGACUCGCUGCCCCUGGAUGUUUCCUCCAUCCACCACCGCAGCUCACUGCUGCGCUACUCAGUGUCCCUGCUGGGCUACGGCUUCUACGGGGACAUCAUCCGGGACAGCGAGAAGAAGCGGUGGAUGGGCCUCGCCAGAUACGACUUCUCUGGCUUGAAGACCUUCCUCUCCCACCACUCCUAUGAGGGGACCGUCUCCUUCCUCCCGGCCCAGCACACGGUGGGCUCCCCCAGGGACCAGAAGCCCUGCCGCUCGGGGUGUUUUGUGUGCAGGCAGAGCAGGCAGCAGCUGGAGGAGGAACAGAAGAAGUCGCUCUAUGGCUUAGAAAACUCCGAGGAGGUAGAGGAGUGGAAAGUGGCCUGUGGGAAGUUCCUGGCCAUCAACGCCACCAACAUGUCCUGCGCCUGCCCCCGAAGUCCCAGGGGCCUCUCCCCGGCCGCCCACCUGGGGGACGGGUCUUCGGACCUCAUCCUCAUCCGCAAGUGCUCCAGGUUCAACUUCCUGCGCUUCCUCGUCAGGCACACCAACCAGUACGACCAGUUUGACUUUGGGUUCGUGGAGGUCUACCGCGUGAAGAAGUUCCAUUUCACGUCCAAGCGCCUGGAGGAGGAGGACACUGACCUCCGGGAGGGCGGCAAGAAGCGGUUCGGGCAGCUCUGUCGCGGUGACCAUCCCGGGUGCUGCUGCCCCACCUCCAGCAGCUCCUGGAACUGUGACGGGGAGGUGCUGAGCACCUCCGCCUUGGAGGUCAGGGUCCACUGUCAGCUGGUCCAGCUCUUUGCCCGCGGGAUUGAGGACGGGCCGAAGCAGGCAUCGCACGGCUGAGAUGUGGCCAACACCGCCCCCUCCCACAGCACCAAGGAGAGGAGGAGAGGCCACAGCACACAGUUGCUUACGUUGAUAGUGACCUCGUAGGCGAGUGCCCGUUGUCCAGCGUCCUGUACAUAUCCGGCACCCUGCGCCCCUGGGAUGCGCUGGGCUUCUCGCAGAGCCAGUGGCACCAUGGCUUCUAGACCUCAUAGCCACUGGGCCGACCGGCUCUCCUGCAGUCACUUUAGACACCCAAUCAUACAUGACCAUACAUGCACAACCCAGUAGGUGGUGAGACGGUGGUGGAGAUUCCCCCACCCCAAGAAGGUGGUCCUUCCCGCAGUUGCCUGCACCCACCCUGUCUUCCCUUCAGUCCGGACUCUGUGACCCUUGGAUUCACGAUGCCCCGGCAGCCACGGUGCAUCUGAGAGAGGGGAGGGAGGGUGGGAGGCCAGCUGUCCCUGCAGCAGUGAUGCAGGUGACCAGGAAGACAGAGCUUUCAAACCCCAGCCUCCCACCCAGUCUUGCUUCUGAAUCCACUGGGCCCACCCAGGGCCCCUGGGCUUUACCGUGUGUGCACGGGGAGGGGCCAGGGCUGGGUGUUCCAGAAACAGCCUCAGGGCAGUUUGGAAAGCACCCGACAGAUCCGGGCCAUCACCCAUCCAGGACGCCGCUCUUUGUGGACACCGAGUAGAUUGGCUAUUGCUCGGCUCUAGGGGGCCACGGGGAGAAGCUGGCAUUAUGGGGGCACAAAAACACGCCUGGGGAGCCCUUUGCGAGCUGAGCCUGCCCCCACUCCCACAGGCUGGCAUUCCGGCUCAGGGGUCUGCUGGCUGUGGGGUCCCCCUGCAUUGUCCCCGUCAUCCCACUCAUUCCAUGGCCUUUACUGGACGUCUCUUUGCUCUCGGCCUGACGGGGGUCUUGGCGUCCCCUCAUCUGUUUGUCUCUGACCCCAGUGACUGCGGCUGGUCAGGGGGAGCUAGGAGGACGGCAUUCCUCCUUCAGUCCAGGGCUUCCACUCAGCCACAUCUCCACCCUCCUGAGUCGCUUCUGUCCGUCCGGCCGUGGAGGAGUGUCUGCAGGGACAGAGAGAGGGCUGGCAGCCACAGGCGGGCUGUGGUGCAAUGGACACGUUACUCCAGCGCCGGGCAGGUGGCAUGUCUGCAGACUGCACUGGUCUCAGGGCGGAUGUGAUGGGAGCCCCGUUGGAACCCAGGGCAGCGUCAAGCGCACCAGCACAGACAAGGUGGGUCUCUAUAAUCCUCUGGGAGGUGGCUCUUCUCGUCCUUCAGGAGGCUGGUGGUGAGCAGUGGCCACCUUCGUCUGCAGUGGAGGACUUGCUGUGCGUGGCCUGCACUCCCUGGGACCUCAGUAUGGAGGGCCGUUCCCGGCCAACAGCUGGCCCAACCUCAGUGCUCACCAAGGUCCCCUCCCAACAUUCCUGUCAUCUCUGUUGCACACACCCCCACUCCCCGCCCUGGCUGCCUUUCCUUGGCAGGGCCUGCCCUAAGGCCCACUUGGAAUUUCCUAGAAUCAGACCCAGCUGCUGAAAAGUAAGCAUUUCACGUUUGGCAUGACAAUGCCCUGCCCACACCAGAGCCCCAGUUGGGGGCCCGCCCCGGUGCACCCUGACACUCCCAAGGGCCAGCCUGGAAGCUUCUCUGGGCUCCUGGAGCCCACUGGGUGACCUGCAGUCAGAUGGGAAGGGACACCUCCCUCAGCGGAGACAUCAACUCCCAUCCUUCGGGGCUUUAAGAAAGAAAACCGAAGACAAGUGGCGGUCGUCCGUGAGCGCUUGGGACCCUCUGGAAGCUGUGUCCCAGUCUUGAUUCAUGAGUAGAGCCCUAGGCAGCCACCGAGCCCGGCAGCAGUGUACGGACUCUGCCCCAGAGGCGGCGGCGAGAGCCCAACACCUGUGCCCGCCGCCAGCUGAGGGGCCGGGCCUGUCUCACUGAUGGGGGUGGGGUGGGGGUGCCCCCUUCUCUCUCAAAUCUUGCUGGUUCCAAGAUGAGAGUGGGUGGGACGCGUGGGCGGGUCAGUCUGAGAAGGCAACAAUAAAGACACUUUGGGCAGAA